GCUCUCUGCUCCCUGACCCAAAGCUCGUGGUGCCUGCUCCCCUAACCCAGUCCCCCAGCGGGGAGAGCUGGUUCCUAUAGAUGCCUGGGAGCGAGAUCCCUUUGCUCUCAAGUUUGGCUUUCACGUUUGUAUGAUUGCUUGGGCGAGGAAUGUGGGGAAAGGGGGUAGGGCUGAGGGUGUGUGUGUAUGUUCCUGGUCGUGAGGGGCUUCUGACUGUCACGGGUGUGAGGUAGCGAUAAUGGCGGUGGGGAUGUGGCAGAGGAUGGAGGGGUGUCCCCGCUGGCUGACUCUGAGGGGUGUUGACCCGAGUGACUCCGAGUGGCCAGGGACCUUCGUCCACGCCAAAGACCUGUGAGGAAUGUCCUGUGAGACCCGUGAGGGAGGGGUCGGCGGUGGCUGAGUGGGAGCUGGCUGAGGAGGUAGUGUGUGUGCGUGUGACCCCACUAUCUCUGAGGGGUCGUUCCUGGCCGCGAAGGGGGCGCGGACUGUUUUUAGGGUUGCUACAAGGCCAUGGAGAGUUGGCCAUCCGCGACUGAUGGUGUUCGUACUUUGAGGCGGUGCUGGUGGUCGGGCACCUGCUGUGCUUCUAUCCCGGGACCUCCUGACAGGCAGGGGGUGGUACCUCGGAAAGGCCCUCCGGGGAAAGGACUGAGUGCUGGGGCUGUGGCCAAGUGGCAGCCGGUGAGGUGUCCAGAAGGUGCUGCCUUCUUACCAAAUGCCAGGGAACUGUUGGAAAUGGGCUGCGGUGACGCAGUUCGACCAGGAACUCCCAGAAAGGGAUGUCAAGAGCAUCCCAUAUCCUGGGAUAUGGCCACAGGGAAUUUGUUUUAGGAUUCUCAUUUCCUUUACUUGCGGGAGCCUGACAGACUCAGUGAUGUGGCACCCGUAUCGUUAUAAACUCUUCCCCCAGGGCUUUGGUUCUAGAAGCUUCCCCACUGAGAGUCUUAUCUUGCUGCCUCCUGUGUGUUAUCUCCAUCAGCGGAAGUCCACGUGCAGCUUGAGUUUCCAAGUCUCACACCUACAGGCAAAGCCUGCCCACUCGGCCCUGUUCCAAAGCCCUUGUCUCACGCAUGUGUGUCAGGCAUCCGUGGUCCCCAGGGGGCCCUUCGGCCCACCAAGGAGGGACCUUUCUAGGAAGUGGCCUUGGGGGAAGCCCAUCCCACACAAACCAGCACAGUAGAUCCUGUGCCAGUUCCACUACUGGCGUCACGGCUUGGGCAGGUCUCUUGCUUCUCAGAGCGCCCCUCCCUCGGUUUCCUCACAUGUCAAAUGGGAAUAAAUCGUAUCUGCACGGUACUCGGCUUUUAUGAGGCUCAAACGGAAUUCUGCCCCCGUCUGCAUCAUCACCACUAUUGUCAAUGCCGCCUUCACCCAGCAGUCACUGUGUGCUGGGCACAGCUGUGAGUGCUUCAUUGUGGGCUAUGUAGUCAACAAGUAUUUGCUGAGCGCCAACUGUAUGCAAGGCACUGUUUGAGGCCCUGGGUAAUUAGGUUACAGCAGUAAGCAAAAGCGCAUACUUUCAACUCAUGGGAGGCUUGCAUUUCAGUAAGAGGAGAUGGAGAAUUUACAGAGUAAGUGAAUAAAAGACUAUUCUGAGAAGGUGACAAGUGUUAAGAGAAAAAAAAAGCCAGAAAGGGAGGGGGGCUGUGCCAGGGAAUGGGAGGUGGUGUUUCAACUUGCAUUAUCAUAUCUAAUCCUCACUGCAACCCUGUGGGGUAGACAGCAGUCCCUUGUUCCAAUAAGGAAACAGACACGGCGGGGGGGGGGGGGGGGGCGGGGAGAAGGAAACAGACGUGGGAAUGUUAAGCGAUUUGCCCUAGGUCACACUGCUAGCAAGCGGCAGGACUGGGAGACGCAGAGGUCUGUCUGACUCCAAAGCACUGUGACUGGAGGUCACUUCCUCUCUUGGGCCUCCUUUUCCAUGUCUAUGAUUCAAGAGGGUGGGAUGGACUGUCAGGAGGAGGGGCACCUCUUCCUAAUUCACCGAAUGGAACACUGCAUCGUGGCAAGACUGCUACCUUGCGCUGGCAUUCAGUCAGUUCUCAGUAAAUGCUUGUCACUCAAGCGCAUGCUAGAUUUUGGGAAGGGUCUGGGCAGAAGGAAGUCUUCUUGGCAGAGAAGACUGCUAACCGUCCUGUGGGGUGGGGAGCCCUGACUUGUAGCAUUUGCUGGUUCACAUGGUUUAAAUACUCCCCCGGUGGCUGAGCCCAAGCCACUGUGCUAGAAAGAGACGUGCACAAUUGGCUUUUGCAAGGGCCUCAGAUCUGACUCUGCGAUUUUCAUCUAUGAUCUUAAAACUGCAUCUGAAACAGAUUUGGAAGGCCCCGAGAGAGGCAAAGAUAGUAAGCUGGAGAGAAACAGAUGGAGACACAAAACACACAGGAAGAAAGAGAAAGACUGGGGUGGGUGGGUGGAGAGAGAUUGAGGGACAGACUCUACUUCCUUUAAAGUCUGGGGGGCUCCACAGCCUGGGGAAUUGCUUCAUUCAAGUCCUAUGCAACCCGUGCGAGGGAACACGCCCAAAGGGAGGCUGGACCAGUGGCUCCGGACCCCUGGAAUAAGCCCCCCAUCCCUGAAACAGAGUCCCCUGACCCCUCCACUCAGCCUGUCUGUGACCUUUUACCCCAGCAGAGAAAGCCCAGAGGGGCCUUCUUGUUCCUGCUAUUCAGUUCCUUUGCACAUGCUGUUCACGGCUUCUAAAUCCCACCUGCCUCCUUUAGAGCUUGGCCCAAGUCCCAUGCCCGGCAGAAAGCAGCGUGCCUCUGAACAUCAAGCUCCUCCCACCCCACACAGUUUCAUGUGCCCCAGACUUAUUCCCCACCCAGGGCAGGCUCAGACUACACCCCUUUCAGACUCCAGCCUCCCUCUCUUCUGUCCUUGGGGUCUCACCUAGACAAAAUCCUCAUCAACUGACCUCAGACCUUCAGCGACAGUGGGGAGGUCCCCAAUUAAUGAAUUGGACCACGCUUUUAUUUUUUUUAUGUUUAUUUUUGACAGAGAGAGAAAGAGCACAUGAGCGAGCAGGGGAGGGGCAGACAGAGAGGGAGACACAGAAUCUGAAGCAGGCUCCAGGCUCUGAGCUGUCAGCACAGAGCCUGACGCGGGGCUCGAACUCCCGGACUGUGAGAUCAUGACCUGAGCUGAAGUCGGACGCUUAACUGACUGAGCCACCCAGGCACCCCUCUUUCUUUUUAAAAGUAGGCUUCAUGCCUAGCAAGGAACCCAGUGUGGGGCUUGAACCCAUGACUCUGAGACCAAGACCUGAGCUGAGAUCAAGAGUCAGACUUCCAACCGACUGAGCCACCCAGGUGCCUUAGAGAAGACUUUCCAGGAGCAAACAUCUGAAAGAGAUGAGGGCACAUAGAUAGCUUGGGGGAAGAACAUUCCAGGCAGAAGGAACAGAAAGGGCAAAGGCCUCAUGCUGGAGGCCAUGAGGUUGGGGAUGGGGCAUGAAGUUGGGGAGGCCAGCUGGGGUCCAAUCAGCUUCAUCAGCCAUGGUGUCUUUUCUCCAGGAGCCACCAGAGGGUUUUCAGCAGAGUGACUGUGUUCGGCAGCCCGGUACCCCCUCACCAUUCUUCUGUCCCCAGGCUGAAGCAGUAUGGAGAGUGAACAGAGAGUUUCCCGAAAAGGCCGCAAGCUGGGCUCCAGCCGCCGCCGGCAAAUGAGAGAAGCAGCCGAUAGCCUGGAUGCUGCUGCGGCCCCAGAGCCAGAGUCCUGGUCCUCCCAGGCGGCUGCCGAAUUGCAAGCCUUCUUCCAGGACUGUGGUGCCAAGGAGAGGGGCUUUGUCACUCGCGAGGACCUGGCGGUGGCCAAGUUCAGCUUCCUGAGUGGUGAGGACGAGCUGGAGAUGAUCUUUGACUGGGUGGAUGUGGAGCAGAAGGGACGCCUCUCCCUUGAAGAAUUCAGCUCUGGGCUCAAGAAUGUCUUCGGCUCCAGCACCCACGGGGUCCGCAGAAAGAGGCCAGUGCCCUCCGAGAGGGAAUCUGCAGCCGUCAGCCUCCCAGUGCUGGAGGAGGCUGACCCUGAGGAGAAGGAGGCGUUCUUCGCAUUCAUACAGCAGCUGGGGGCAGGCCACUUACUUCCCGAGCAGGCAGAGAUCUGGCAGCUGUGGGGGAAGCUGCGGCAGGAGGAGCCCCAGCUGGCAGGCAACCUGGAGGGCUUUCUGGCCAGGAUGACCAGCCGCCUGCAGGAGGCACAGGCUGACAAAGAGGCUUUGGAGCUGACCCUGCGAAAGCGGGACUCUGAUCACCAUCGAGAGGUGCAACAGCUCUAUGAGGAAAUGGAACAGCAGAUCCUCCGGGAGAAGCAGCAGCUGCAGGCCGAGAGCGACUCCCGGAGCCUGGCCUUCAGCUCCCAGAUGCAGGAGGUCCUGGAGGCCAAGGAGCGUGAAUUUCAGCGGCUGACUGAGGGCCAGAGGGAGCUGGAGGCCCAGGUCCAGUUCCUCAGCAGCACACAUCAGGAGGCCAACGCGGAGAACCGGCAGCUUCGGGAGGCCGAGCGUGACCUGGCUGGGCAGCUGGAGGAGGCGCAGGAGCGACUGCAGGUGACCAGGGGGCGUCUGAAUGCCGCCAGGGGCCACGUGUCCUGGCAGACGGAGGAGGAACCAAGGCUUCCUGGAGGAGGUGAGAAAGCUCCAGACACCAAGGCAGUCUCCUCAGAGGAGGCCACCCUGCCUGGACUGUUUGGGGAUGAGGAUGACUGGGACCAGCUCCUGAACAGCUUCAACACCUCCUCGCGCAGAGCCCUGCAGCUUUCCUGGAGCCCACCCUCCACCCCGAGAGCCCCGGCAGGCCCCCAGACGCCCCGAGUAGUCAGGCAGAUCUCCAUCUCGGAGCUGCAUUCUUUGCCGUUCGGUCAGGGGCCACCUUCAGAUCUGGAUGGGGCUCCAAGGAGCCCCACGGGGGCGCCCUCCAGGGCCACGGAGGGGAAAGGAGUGGACGUGGGUGGGCAGGACAUCAGUCCAGAGCAGCCUGUCCAGCCUCACAGCCUGGAACCUAAGGAAGCGUCAGGGCCCGGCCCCGAGGCCAUCUUCCACGGGAGUUCCCCAGGGGCCCCGAGUGAGGAGUCAGGGAGCCUAGUGGCAGCUGCACUCAAAAUGCUCAUUCCUUUGGAGGAUGCACCCCCUCCUCCGGUGACCUCCUCUCCUCCCCAGGCCCCAGCUGGGCCCAGCGAACAGCUCCAGGCCUCAUACUCAGAUGACAACAAGAGCCCAGAGCCCGGGCCUGUCCCAGUCAAGCCGCCCAGGCAGAGAGAGGCCCUCCUGCAUCAGGACCCACACGCCGCUGGCUCUGAGCCAGGACUGGGGUCCCCAGGAGCCGGAACCCCCACACCGGGGCUGGCUGAGCCCUCCCAGGAUCCAGAGCCUGUGGGUCGGGCUCCCACAGAGGGAUUGGAGCAGGGCCAGCUGGGCCCUGGUGCGCAGGAGGGCCAUCCUGGAGGGCCAAGAGAAGCUCACAGCCAGGUCCUCGGGCCAGAAGGCCUGCCCACCCUUUCCCGCAAGAGUCUAGAAGAAGAGCCCAAGGUCGAGGAAAGGAAACAGGUGGAUCAAGGAAGCCUAGACCUCAGUUCAGGGCAGUCCACUGAGGCUCAUGGCCUGAAAACGGGGCAUUCAGAACACCCCCAGCAAGACGGUCUGCCUGCCCCUCGCCCGCAUGAUGUACCGCAGGCUCAGGCUGAAGCAGGGGCCCCUGCUUCUAGAAAACAGUCACCUCCACUGGACUCUCCCCAUGAGGGGGCUCAGCGUGGGGAUGGAGCAGGGCCCCGGGAGCCCACACAGAACCUCCCCACCAUGGUUGAGCUGGAAACCCACCCCAUGCCCUCACCUACAGCUGCUCAUACAGAAGAACAAGGCUCCCUACGACCCAGGGAGCCAAGGGCAGAGAACAGGCCUGAAGACCCAGGAAGUGACUCCAAGGAGGCUGAGCUGACCCCAUCCUCAGGGUCCCUCAUUGCCAACGAGCCUCCAGCCAACCCUGAUUACCUCUUUCACAUCGUCUUCCUGGGAGACUCAAACGUGGGCAAAACAUCCUUCCUACACCUGCUGCACAAAAACACCUUCACCCCUGGGCUGGCAGCUACUGUGGGUGUGGAUUUUCGGGUCAAAACUCUGCUGGUGGACAACAAGCGCUUCGCGCUGCAGCUCUGGGACACGGCUGGCCAGGAGAGGUACCACAGCGUGACUCGGCAGCUACUCCGAAAGGCUGAUGGAGUGGUACUCAUGUACGACGUCACCUCCCAGGAGAGCUUUGCCCACGUGCGCCACUGGCUGGACUGUCUCCAGGACUCAGGGUCCGAUGGGGUGGUCGUGCUUCUCCUGGGAAACAAGAUGGACUGUGAGGAGAAACGGCAGGUGCCCACCGAGGCCGGGCAGCAGCUGGCCCAGGAGCUGGGAGUUUCCUUUGGGGAGUGCAGCGCCGCCCUAGGUCACAACAUCCAGGAGUCCAUGAUGAACCUGGCCCGGUCACUCAAGAUGCAGGAAGACCAUCUGAAGGACUCCCUGGUGGAGGUGGCCCCCAAGAGGCCAUCCAAGAGCUCUGUCUGCUGCUUCUGACCAUCUGGCCCAGCCAGGACAGGACGGCACCCCUCGGGUUUCCUGUUCCUCGGCUCCUGUCCCACCUGCCUGGACACAGCAAUGACAGAGACGGCCAGCUCGGAUGUUCAGGAAAACCCCUCCUCCGGUCAGGACUC